CAGAAGAGUCCGGGAACAGGAGCAGGCUGCGGGGCUAACGCAGCAGGGCUUAUUGAGUUGAACAUGGCAGCUGUACUCCCCGUCAGACCGCCCUGCGACAGCAACCCAGCUACUCCAGGAGCACAAUCCAUUAAGGAAGACAUAAUUGAAGAAGAGUCCAAUGAUGGCAGCCAGCCUCCCAAGAGACGGAGAAUGGGAUCGGGGGACAGUUCUCGGAGCUGUGACACCUCCAGCCAAGAGCUUGGACCUACGUAUUUCCCAGCAGAGAAUCUGACAGAGUACAAGUGGCCGCCAGAUGACACAGGAGAGUAUUACAUGCUGCAGGAGCAGGUCAGCGAGUAUUUAGGAGUUACGUCCUUCAAGAGAAAGUACCCUGAUAUGGAGAGGAGAGACCUGUCACAUAAAGAGAAGCUCUACCUCCGUGAACAGAAUGUUAUCACAGAGACACAGUGCACCUUGGGUCUGACAGCUCUGCGGAGUGAUGAAGUGAUAGAUCUGAUGAUAAAAGAGUAUCCCACUAAACACUCGGAGUACUCAGUCAUACUGCAAGAGAGAGAACGUCAGAGAAUAGCUAAAGAGUACUCUCAAAUGCAGCAGCAGAAUCCUCAGAAAGUAGAAGCCAGUAAGGUUCCUGAGUACAUUAAGAAGGCAGCAAAAAAAGCUGCUGAGUUCAACAGUAACUUCAAUAGGGAGCGUAUGGAGGAACGGAGAGCCUACUUCGACCUUCAAACACAUAUUAUCCAGGUGCCCCAGGGCAGAUUUAAGGUUCUGGCCCCAGAGCUGACCAGGACAGGUCCCUAUCCCGUGGCUCUCAUACCAGGGCAAUUCCAAGACUAUUAUAAAAGGUACUCCCCCAAUGAGCUACGAUACCUGCCAUUAAACACAGCUCUGUUUGAGCCUCCCCUGGAUCCAGAGCUCCCUGCGCUGGACUCAGAGCCUGACUCAGAUGAUGCUGAAGAUGGCAAGGAUGAAAAAAGGAACAAGAACUCAUCUGACAGUUCUUCAGGCAAUACAUCUGACGUGGAGAGCCAGGAGGGAGGAGGUGGACAGGGCCACAAGUCCAAGGGCAAAGACAGGACAUCCACACAAGGCAAAGACGGCAGCCAUAAAAGCCACAAAACCACCCCAGGGUACAAGCCUAAGGUCAUUCCCCAUGCUAUAUGUGGCAUUUGCGAGAAGGGUAAAGAGGCGAACAAGAAAGGCAAACCUGAGGCGCUCAUUCACUGCUCCCAAUGUGAUAACAGCGGCCACCCAUCGUGCUUGGAAAUGAGCGAGGAGUUGGUGUGUGUGAUCCAAACGUACCGCUGGCAGUGUAUGGAGUGUAAAACCUGCACCGUGUGCCAGCAGCCGCACCACGAGGACGAGAUGAUGUUCUGUGACAAAUGUGAUCGAGGAUAUCACACAUUCUGCGUUGGCAUGGAUAGCAUACCAACAGGUCUUUGGGUAUGUGAGGUAUGUGGGAAAGAUUUCAACACUCCUAAGAAGAAAGGAGCCAAAACACCCAAGAAGUCCAAGAAAUGAAGAACGGCACCAGUAGCAUGUGUCUUCAAGCAGUGCAGUCGAUGCCACUACAUUGAUUUGACCAGUGAAGCUGCAGCAUUGUAUAUGAUCAGGUUUGACAUCAAACCUCAUUGGUUCUUCCGUAUUGUUUUUUUAUAAAUUCAUUCAUUUUUUUUUAACAGGUGCAUCCCCUAAAACAUAAAUAAUAAUAGCUGCAUCUUGGGUAUAAACAUUGUAUGAGUCAUCCUGGAAAAAAAAAGCUAAUUUCAUCUUUUAUCAUCUUAAAUCAAGCUACCAGUCAUAUUUUCCUAUAUACCUCAGACAUUCGUCAGUUUUACGAGCUUAAUAAUAUCCAUCUUAGUCCUUGUUACAACAUAAUUUAAUGAAUGAAUGAAUCACUGCCAGUGUCUGUGCUUUUUUCUGUCAGUAAUAAGAUCAAUCCUUAGCUGAAGUUAUGGUGCUUUUCACCCCGACUACUGAAAGUGUUUACAAAACUCUCUUGAUUCCAUUCAUCUGGUUGCAAACCUUAAAAUAUGUACUUUUUGUAUCUUCUAACAAGACAGGCCAGUAAUGAGCAAUGUUAUUUAAAUAAUGUCGUAGAUAAUGACAUGGUGCUUGUGAUCCUAUGUAAUAAACUGUAACAGCCAUUAGCUGUCAAAUGCCUCACUGCUGCAGCUAUUUUCAGGUAUUUAUGUGUUAGUCUGCUUUACCUAGACAAUAAAAUGUGUAAGUAACCUUGUACUCCUGAUUUUUGUACAAAAUAAUGUAAUGUAAUGUAACCACUUGUAAUGCAUAGAGUGAGCAUCCACCAACAUUUACAAAUGUAAUUCUGUUCUUUUAUUAAGGUAUUUUUGUUUAUUUUGUAUUGUCCUUCAAUGAGCAAAUAAUAAUGUCAAGUCACUGAAUUGAUGAAUGAAUGGGGUUUUUUUUUUUCAAUAAAAGACACAUCAGAAGA